AUGUGCCUGUCAUCAUUAAUUCCUUACAAGCACCACAAAACUCACUCUCCAUACAUACCAGAAUAUAUUAUAAUUGUUUUCCACUUUCUAAUUAAGUACUGUCAACGAGGAACUAAAUUAACGUACGUACGUACGUGACGUGGAUUAUGUUGUUAUGGUAAUUGAAUAGUAAAUGGAGAAAAUCGAAAACAUAGCUCAAGAAGAGACAAGAGCUCCAUUGAUAGCUCAAGAUGGAAAAGGCAAAGAAAAUAACUUUAUGGUUUACUUGAGUACAUUUGUUGCAGUUUGCGGUUCUUUUGCAUUUGGAUCAUGCGCUGGUUUCUCAUCUCCAACUCAGUCUGCCAUCAGAGAAGAUCUUAAUCUGUCGCUAGCAGAGUAUUCAUUGUUUGGAUCAAUAUUGACAUUUGGGGCAAUGAUUGGGGCUAUUGCAAGUGGGCCAAUGGCCGAUUUCUUUGGUCGCAAAGGGGCAUUGAGAAUAUCAACUGCUUUCUGUACGGCCGGGUGGCUAGCAAUUUACUUUGCUCAGGGGCCUCUGCCUUUGGACAUCGGAAGACUAGCAACAGGAUUCGGAAUGGGAGUCUUUUCCUAUGUGGUACCAGUGUUCAUAGCUGAAAUAGCACCCAAACAUUUAAGAGGUGCAUUAACAGCGUCAAAUCAGCUCAUGAUCUGUGCUGGAGUAUCCGUCGCUUUUAUAAUAGGGACCGUGCUAACAUGGAGGACAUUGGCAUUGACAGGAUUAAUUCCAUGUGCUGUUCUGCUAGUAGGGCUGUUUUUUGUACCAGAAUCUCCUAGAUGGCUUGCUAAGAUAGGAAAACAUAAGGAGUUUGAAUUUUCCCUCAGAAAACUUAGAGGUAAGGACGCCGAUAUAUCUGAGGAGGCGGAUGAAAUCCAGGAUUAUAUAGAAACACUGCAAAAACUCCCGACUGCCAAAGUCUUCGAUUUGUUUCAGAAAAGAUACAUGCGAUCUGUCACUAUUGGAGUUGGAUUAAUGGUCUGUCAACAGUUUGGAGGAAUCAAUGGAAUCUGUUUUUACACAAGCAGUAUUUUUGAGUCUGCAGGAUUUCCAGCUGAUGUUGGAACUAUAAUCUAUGCCAUUCUUCAGGUCAUCGUGACUGCCUUAAAUGCGCUCUUUGUUGACAAAGCCGGUAGAAAGCCAUUGUUACUGGUUUCUGGUGCUGGAUUGGUUAUCGGAUGUUUACUAACAGCGAUUUCGUUCUACUUGAAGACUUAUGAAAUAGGACUACAGGCUGCACCAGCGCUGGCAGUAACCGGCAUACUGUUGUAUAUAGGUUCUUUCUCAGCAGGAAUGGGAGCCGUUCCAUGGAUUAUCAUGUCUGAGAUCUUCCCUAUAAACAUCAAGGGCGCUGCUGGAAGCUUGGCAACGCUAGUUAACUGGUUUGGCGCAUGGGCUGUAUCGUUCACUUUCAAUUUUCUCUUGAGCUGGAGUUCUUAUGGUACCUUUCUUGUAUACGCAGCAAUAAACCUAGCUGGUAUCAUGUUUAUUAUAGUGAUGGUUCCUGAAACGAAAGGAAGAACUUUGGAGCAGAUACAAGCUGCUAUUAAUACUUAGUGACCCCAAAGUAUCAUCAUGGCAGCUCUCUCAAAUACAGAGUCGUCGAUGUGGUAUGCAAGAUGGAUAACUGCACAGGGCCUCCCCAAAAAAAUAUAUAGGGUAAAAAGCGUUUUCAACACCAUAUAUACAAUAUCGAUUACAUAUAUAUUUGAUUGAAGAAUCUGCGAUUAAAAAGGAUGACACUGUAUCCCACAUUGAUCAGGUAUAGAAGAGAUGUUGGUUUGUAUCAAUGUGAACCCUACAAUUAUAUUUAUUGUAUCUUUUUGAAUAAAUGAAACCAUUCAUUUUAAUUCA